AAUAUAUUUGUUUAUUUAACUUUACAGCUAAAACCAAAGCGUCGAAAUCGAGAAAGCUGACGAACCCAUAUUAAACGUGCACUGCACAUGCGCGAAGGCGGCUAAAUUCAAAACUGAAGACGUUAGCAUGAGCGAGGCUCGUUGAAGUAAGCUGCAGCUAAAAAUAGGCGACAUGAAAACAAUUUAAAGUGAGUUAAAAAGCUAUAAGAAAAACGAAACUGCUUUAAAACACGAGGAAUUGGCUCCCAACAACUACAAGCUGAAAAUGGAGCCUCUGGAUCCUGCCAGGAAUGAUGAAGGCAGUGGAUUCUCCAAGCGCCGCAUUUCUUCAAUUUUAAAGGCACCUCGGAAAUCAAUCAGAUUCCCUGACCCCGAGCAACAGGAAAACGCUCCAACUGUGGAGUGUGUCAAACCAGUGGAAAAGAGGAUUUCAAGAAGAGUCAGUUUCGCCCCUGCCGACGAUGUUCUCGUGUUUACAAAGGAUGUAAAAAAUGCCCGAAGUCCUUUACAAGACUUAAUGACAACAACAGCAGCAGCCACACAAAAUAGGGUCCAGGUGGCGGUCACUGAUGGGAUACAACAAAUUACUGGAAUGGAAACCCUGUUGAAUGCUCCUCUACAUGCUUCUCAACAAAGGGAUAAGGUCACCUUUGAUACUGGGGCUGACUUUGGAGAGAGAACAGUGAUGUUUUCCACAGAUGAUGCAUUCAUGGACAUGACCCACAGCCACACUAUAAACAUUGCCAAUGAUGCAGAAUUACUUGCAGAUAUUUCCCUCCGUAACUAUGAUGCUUUACCCACUAGAGGAGAGAAGACAGUGAUGUUCACUGCGAAUGAUGGCUGCAUUGAUAAGAUUCCAAAUGGUGGGUCAGUAUCACUACCCACCAGCAGAAACAUGGAUUUAAGCGUAGAGAAAAUAAACAUUUCCUCAUCCGUGCCUUCUUUCGAUCCUGGGUUUGAAAACUUCCUCGCAAGUCUCUCUAAACCAAGUGGCCCCAGUGUUAACCCUGUGAUCACCAGGAUGACGCCUCCUGCUGGGGUGUCCUCUGAAGAAACAAGCUGCUCCCUGGCCCAGAUUAAAACACAGAGGGCUGUCGUGGAUAAAGAAAAUCAGGCUCCAACUUCUGUUUCAGCUGUGAUGGAGAAGUCACUAAAUACAUCCAGGAAGAGUGGUGAAUUAUCUUAUGGAAGUGCACUCUGUCCAAAAGACGACGUAAGCAUGGAUAUGACUGAAGCUCAUACAGGACGCAUCCUGAGGUUGACUGAUGAUGAUGAUGAUGAUGACGAUGACGUCUUUCAGUGUCUCAUUCCCACACAAAAAAUGCGCUCCCACCUUGACAACAGAGUGCCACAGACAGCAGAGAAGACCAAACAACAGCAGAGUGGUAAAACACCGGCAUCAUUCAACCCUAAAGAUAUGACAUCAUUGAAGAAUCCUCCUCUACAUGCCUCUCUUCAAAAACACAAGGUCAACUUUGAUGCAAAAGACGAAUGCAGAGAGAAAACCAUAAUGUUCACAGCAGGUGACGAGUUUAUGGAUAUGACUCAGUGUCACACAGUGAACAUUUCCAGUGGUUCAGUAGCUCCUCCAAACCAAAAUGUGGACAUUUUUCCCACCCGUGAAAAAACGGACAAAGCUUCAUCUGCAACAAUGCUUCAGGAAAGAAAACGUGAGACUUGUGGUACCCCUGGCUCGUCAGCUCAUAAUUUGGAUCCGGAAUUUCAAAACUUCCUUUCAACUCUCUUUAAGCCAAGUGCCUCCAGUGGUAAUCCUCCUCCUCUUCCUGCAUCGUCCUCUCAGGGAGCUGUCUUAAGCUUAGCUGUCAACACAAACAGCUCCCUGUCCCAGGUUAACAGUGAUGGUGAAGAAAAGCGUGCCCAAAAUAAAUCGAGGAGCUUUGGAGGAUCAUUAAAUGGAGGGAUAAUCUGUCCUGAAAAUGACGUGAGCAUGGAUAUGACCGAAGCUCGGACAGGCCGCAUUACAGCACUCGCUGGCUCAGAUGAUCCUUUCCAGUUUCUUUUUCCCACACAAGACAUGUACUCCCAGGGUGACAGCCAGAGGAAGCAAGAGAAGACUUCAGGACAGAAGAACUGCACAGGCCUGGAAACCUCAUCAAAGCCACUCUUGAAGACAAACAUGCAAAGAAAUCAGGCCAAGUUUGAUGCUGAGGAUGACUGCAGAGACAAAACUGUGAGGUUUACUGCAGAUGAUGCCUGUAUGGAUGUGACACACAGUCACACUGUAAACAUUGCCACUCAUCUAAAACUGCAAUCGCAACAAAAUUCUGAUCUUUUACCCACAUGCGGAGAGAAAACAGUGAGGUUUACUGCAAACGACGCAGCAAUGGAUAUGACCCAGUGCCUCACUGUAAAUAUCGCCAAUAGUUUAGUAUCCGAUUCAGUUCGUCCUGUGAAGAAACAAGAAGUCGAGACAUCUGGUCAGCCCAGGAACAGACCGUCAUCAGCACACAGUUUGGAUCCACGAUUUAAUACGAGCCUCUCAAAACCAAGUGGCCCCGGUCUUAAUCCUGUGAUCGCAGGAGUCAAGCCUACAGCUGUGCAGUCCUUUAACAUUAGGGACUCACUGAAUGGAGGUACAGUCUGUCCAGAAGAGGAUGUAACCAUGGAAAUGACUGAAGCUCAAACAGGCCGCAUUCUAGCAAUCACAGGUGCAGAUGAUCCUCUUCAGUGUCUUUUCCCCACAAAAGACAUGUACCCCCAGAGUAGUAGUUUGAAGAAAGAAGAGAUGACUUCACAACAGCAGCACAAUGAAGCACUGGGAUCAUCUAACCGAAAAGGUAUGGGAACCACAUUGACCACCUCCUUAAAGACGAGGCUGCAAAGACAGGUCAAGUGUGACAUUGAGGAUGACUACAGAGAGAAAACUGUGAGGUUUACUGCUGACGAUGCCGCCAUGGAUGUGACACGAAGUCACACUGUCAACAUUGCCACUGAUUUACACCUGCAGUCACACCAAAAUGUGGACUUUUUACCUGCUUUUGGAGAGAAGACAGUGAGGUUCACUGCAAAUGAUGCAGCUAUGGAUGUGACAAGAAGUCACACUGCAAUCAUCGCCACUGAUUUACAAUUACAGUCACAACCGAAUGUGGACUUUUUACCUGCUUUUGGAGAGAGGACAGUGAGGUUCUCUGCAAAUGAUGCAGCCAUGGAUGUGACAAGAAGUCACACUGCAAUUAUUGCCACUGACUUGCAGCUACAGUCACAACCACAUGUGGACUUUUUACCUGCUUGUGGAGAGAAAACAGUCAGGUUCUCUGCAAGUGAUGCAGCCAUGGAUGUGACAAGAAGUCACACUGCAAUCAUUUCUACCGAUUUUGAUCCAAAGUCGCACCAAAAUGUGGACUUUUUACCUGCUUUUGGAGAGAAGACAGUGAGGUUCACAGCAAAUGAUGCAGCCAUGGAUGUGACAAGAAGUCACACUGCAAUUAUUGCCACUGAUUUACAACUGCCGUCACACCAAACUGUUGACUCUAUACCUGCUAGUGGAGAGAAGACAGUGAGGUUUACUGCAACUGAUGCAGCUAUGGAUGUGACACGAAGUCACACUGCAAUCAUUGCCACUGGUUUCGAUCCACAGUCACAUCAAAAUGUGGGCUAUCUACCUGCUAGUGGGGAGAAAACAGUGAGGUUCACCGCAACUGAUGCCGCCAUGGAUGUGACCCAAUGCCUCACUGUAAACAUUGCCACUGAUUCUGUAUCAGAUUCACCUCUUCCACAUCGAGAUUCUCACAUUUCAUCCACGCAUGAAAAUAUGGAUGUUCCUUUAUCUCCGAAGAGAACACAUCGUCCGCGUAGAACCCGGUCUUCAUCAGCAAACGCUUUGGAACUAGGAUUUAAAAACUCCCAGUCUAGGACAAGUGGCCCCUUGGCUAAUCCUGUGAUCGCAGCAGUGGCUCCUGCCGCACCGUCCCCUCAAGAAACACUACACACAAAUGGCUUCCUGGACCAACUUACAAUCCAGAGGCCUGGUGUGGGUACUGAGAAGGAAGCUCCAGGUUUAGUUUCAGCUGUCCUGGAGAAGCCAGUAAAUAAAACGAUGACAGACGGUCCAGAGGAAGAUGUAAGCAUGGAUAUGACUGAAGCUCAAACAGGCCGUAUUUUGGAAGAAACAUAUACAGAUGGGCCUCUUCAGGGCUUUUCUUCCACACAGGACUUGCACACUAAUUCUGACCAUUUGACAAAAACGGGAGCGAAUUCACAACAGAGAAAUGAAGCACUGGGAUCAUCCAGCUCUGACGGUGUGGAAAUCACAAACCUUCCAGAUUCUCUUGACUCAGAUGAAACUGACACCAGGGACCCUGAACCAAGAAAUCAAACUUUAUCACAGAAGAUGGAAAGUCCACCCAGUGCUGUUGAUGAUGUUGAUGCAGCGCCUUCGCGGAAGUCUCGACGAGUGAGUUUAGCUGAUCUUCAGUCAAAACUAAGGCGUUUGAGCCACAUGAUUAAUACAGCUCCCGAUGCUGUUCCUGUGGACAGCUGCACAGCAUCUUUGCCUCAGCUGGAGCACGACAUGGACAAGACCUCAAACGACAAAACCAAAUCCCUACCUGUAAGAGAGCCUGAACCCGAAGUGGGUUUGGUUAACACUCAAGAAAAUACACAAGCUCAGGGUCUUAUGCAAGAAGAACAACCCUCUUCUGCUGCAUCUCCUUUCAAGUUAAAGACUAAAAAACUUAUGUCAAGACUCUCAGUGGGAGGCUUUAAGGCAAAACUCCCCCGAAGAAGCAGGUCAGAUGAUUCAAAGAAGGUGAAUUCUGUGGGGGAACAUACAAGAACAGUAACUGUCAAUGUUACCAAUCACCUAAGCAACUUUGACCACGAUGUCAGCGAUAUUUACGAUGAAGAGCUUGGUAGCUAUGAAGAUAUGUCAGAAACGCUGGACAUAAUGAGUCCUCAGAAAGCCACUGAAGAAGUGAGUGCUUCAAAGGAGUUCAACAAGGAGGAGCUUUUAGAAGACAAUGUAUUUGAGCAGGGCUUUAAUAGUGCCGUUAAUGGAAAAAAGAGACCUUUGCCAGAGGUUGAAAACGCCACAGAGGAUGAGAAGAGGAUGAAAAAAUCCACUGACAUGGUCGCUGACAGUGAAACGGGAUUACCGUCUGAUGAUGUGGAGUGUGACGGGAACAUCACUACAGCUCCAAGCAUGACGACACAGACCACAGAAUACUCCAACAACAGUCACACUGCCAGCAUCAGAUGUGAAGCCACAUUUGAAUCAACUUUCAAGCAAAGCCUGUUUGAGUCCCAGCUUGAGGACUACACCAAUGAUGUAUACAGGAAACUUGAUGAUGGCACCAUUACAGUGUUGGAGUUCUUCAAACUCUUCAACAUAGACUUUGUCAUCCACAAUCCACGGCAAAGUGUUCUUCCUGGCAGACUCUUGUCAGACACAGAUCGCACACCAAUGGAUUUGUUGAAGGACAGGCACAUCAGCUGGCCUAAACAGAUGGUGUAUGAGAAGAACGUCCUGAGCCUCACAGAGAAGGUGGAGGGGUUGAAGGAGCGAAUGAGGGACCUUGACAAACCACUGAAGAUUGUUAAUAGAGCUUUGUGGGAAGAAGUGAGAAAUUCUUCAGAGAUGGAGCUUAAAUCGUUUGGCGCAAAACUAAAAGAGAGAAAUAACCUCUUCAGGAAGAUGAGCAAAGUGCAGUCACAUGAAAUGAAGGAGGUCCUGUAUGCAGAUCUGGUGCAGGCUAAUCUGGAGGAGCAGCAGAGGCUGGGAGGAACAAUUGAGGAAGCAGACGAAAUGAUAAAAAGCUUGGAUGACUGUAUUCGUGAAGUAGAAACAGAGCUUGCUGCAGUCGAAGAAAAAGGCUCUGAGGACACACCUGGUCUGAAAUCACUUCAGGAAGAAAUGCAAAAAGUCACAGAAGCUUUGGCGGAUAAUGACCGACAAAUAUCUGAGCUGGAGAUCCAGAAGAAGCAGAACGCAAAUAAACUGAACAGGCUGAUAGCUGAGACGAGGAGCCUUGAGAGCCACAUCAGCAUGCUGAAUUUGGUGAACGAAUGGAAGUUUGGAGAGAAGACAGACAAUUGCGCUGUCUACACCUUCCUCCACGAGACCUUGCAUCUACAGCUGGUGUAUGAAAAACCAAAUGGUAACGAUGCUGAUGGUCAAUCUGAAAGAAAAAUAUCAGACAUCAGAUUCAAACGCCAACUUGAUGAUGAGAAGUCGUGGGGCCACGCCUGCCUCGUUCACAAACUGCUCACUCAGUACAUCGAGGGAGAAACUGACUGGGUGGAGAAGUAUCCAACGAGUAGACAUGUUCCAAAGCUGAUGCAUGACGUUGGCCUGGUGGUGGGUCGCUGUCGUCUGCUGGGAGAGGAGCUGCGUCGGCUGGAAAUGUGGGGGAGUCUACCGCUCGAUAUUCUCAACAUCAGCUGUGUGGACACUCAGGUGCACAUUGUCUUCAGCAGUCUCAAGGCACUCUCCAAGUUUGAGGUGAUCUUCUCUGUCACCUUGAUCAACCACUUCUGUGUCCUUCAAGUGCAGAGCUUCAAAAACGUGAUCGGAAACACAACGAUCCAGCAGAUUGAAGACAUCGUGGCGUCGUUCAGUCCAGGCAAGAACCUCCUGACAAAAAUUGUCAAAAAGAUUCAUGAGAAGCUGCUUUGUUGAGAGCAGGAAUAUUGAUUGAUUAAUCAUUUGUAAUUAAACUCUUGUAAAAUAUAGAUGUUGAAAAAUAUAAAACCUUAAAAUUUAUUAACUGUCUUUUACUAUGAUCCAAAAAAAAAUACAGUGUACAGCUACCCAGUCUGAUUUUUCUUCCAUGGCGUGCAAGCAGUGAUGGUUUCUCACUGUAUUUUGUGUCUCAUAAUGCAGCUGCCCGUUU